AUGCCGCCCAAGAGUAAGAAGACGCGUGACACGAGUCUCAAGGGCGCGGUAGAAGCGGUGGAAACUCUCAUCGCGACGCCUGGAAAGAAGAGAGGCCGCCCAGCCAAAUCCCAGACAAUUGCUAGUCAAUCAACCCCAAUUGCAGCCGGGCCUCCAAAGAAACGCGGUAGACCCUCCAAAGUGACGGCUGAAGAUGUCGCCGUGCUCCCAGACGCGUCCGAGCCCACAAAACGCGGUCGGGGUCGCAAGCCAGACACGCCCAAGUCGGUUGCUCUAGCCGCAACGCCCAAUAAGGCCAAAGGAAAAGGUACUAAGGACAAUGUAGAAGCCGUCGCCGAUUUGGCAGCACCGACUCCACGAAGGCGUGGCCGUCCUCCCAAAGCAGACGGCCUAGACCUGAAGCGUGUUGCGGGCACUGCUCGUGUGAGCAAGCGCCAGGCCGCUCAGUCCAAGAUGACCAAGACAACAACCACCACCGCCACCAAAUUGCGUACCCGUCUUCCACCAGCUAGCAAGGUAUCCAAAGGAGAGCCUGCCCCACAACCAGCAAGGCGAGGGCGACCACCCAAGAAUGCAGCACAGGCCCCUGCUGGUGCUGCUCUUGCGAAGAAGAAGAAGACACCCAGAGGUCGCAAGCCUGCUGAGGUGCCAAUCGCAAAGCCUACAAAAUCUACCAAGCCUUUGGCGCCCCGCAAGAUGCGUGGUCACACUGUACGCCAGAUCCCCGACAGAUACAUUGUCCAAGUCGACCAGCUCUUGCAUGACCUGAUGCAGGCCGACGCAGAUGCCGCGACUGAGAAGCAGGUACAGGAAGAGGAGGCAAACCAGGCACAUGACGUGGAGGUUGAGGCUGACGUGGAGGACAACAUCGAUGAAGAGAACGUGGAGCCAACUAGCGCCACCGUUGGCUCAGAAGAGGCUGCACUAGACGCCGGUGCUGGAUCCGAGUCAGGUCAUCAGCAAGAUAGUCUAGGCGACCAGUACUCGGAUGGCGUGAUGGAUGACUUGGGGCAAAGUGAACCUGCCUCGGACCAAAACAGGGAACAGGAGCCAGAAUUGCAGUCCGAGUUGAAUGGCGACUUUGAUGAUCCUCCCAGCCACGAGGACGAAGAUGGCAUCCUUGUUCCCCAACAGGAACUUGAUAUGCAAGAUGAGGGGUAUGCAAAUGGUGUCGAAGACGGACAAUUACCAUGA